AGUCCAAGUGUCCGAGUCGGGGUCCCCCUGAAACUUCUUAGAGGAGGAGGAGAGAGGAGGCGCUGAAAAGGGACUCGAUACCGCCCCCCACUCCGCAAAAGCCUGGAAGAAUUGCGCUCCGCCAGUGCGCCCUGCCUGCUAGUCGGAGGAUGGGGAUUUUUUUCCCAUUCAUCCACGUCCCCUUUUCCCUCCUCCUCCUCUCAAACAAACCAGUCGGUCUGUCAAUGCGCUACGAGCAUUAGGGCAAGUCAAACCAGUGGGAUUUUGAGGCAGAGAGACGGAUGAGAUAGCGCACGAAGCGCGUUCCUCUUGCCGAGAAGCGACACGUUCAGCUCUCCAAAUGACGCGCUACAUCAGAUAGACGUCCAUUUCCAUCUGGACUAAUGCGCACAGCUCGCAUCUUAUUUUUAUUUUGGUUUUAAAUUACUUAACAAGUUUCACAUCUGCCUGUGUGUGGCUUUAUAAGAGUGCACACGCUUUUCUAGCUCUUUGGUUUGUUUCUUUCAGUUUUUCUUGUGUUAUUGUUUGAAUUGAUUUUCGGAUUUAUCAUCGAUUUGGAUCUCUAUCUUUUCAUUUGACCUAUUUUCAACGAAUGUAUUUUGAAGGAUUUACAGUCCGUAUAAAUCUAUUUUUUAAACAAAGAGGCAGAAUAAGGAUUGUAAUGCGCAUAGACUGAUCCCGCCGAGCAUCAACAUGUCUAUGAGGAUGGAGCUGUGGACACGAGUGACAUCUUUUUCGUUGUAGACGUUUUACCUUCACAGUUUUGGCCUCACAUCGACUGUGUUCCAACAAAAGACUAACAAUAUUCCUUUUCAGACCAGCCUGUGUUUGGAGGACGAUUCUUGCAAGCAAACGAGGUAAUGGGAGAGAAAUCAGACAGAGUCGGCAAAGAGAACAAGGGAACAUUGUUCGGAAAAAAGACAAUUAGGGUGCACCAUAAGGCAACAGAAAUUGCUCUUUGGAAGCAAUAAUUUUCUUCUUUUUUUCUUUUUUUUGUCCCUUUUUUGUUUUUAGUAAUUCUGAUUCUGUGGAGUUGAACUUGCGCAUAGGAGUACUGCUUUGGAGAAUGGACGGCUAAUGACAAAUUAAUGGGAAAGUCAUGGGAUUGGGACUGAAAUAGUACGGCCGUGGACGCGCAGUAAACCCGUCGUUUCUGGAGCUCCAGACGCACGGAUUUGAGCAAGUUUCUCCUUUAUAUUCAAGUGUUUCUUAUUGCGAUCCCGCACACUUUCACCCAUUUCUUUUUGGAUCCAUGUGGUUUUGUGUAGCAGGCGCUCUCUUCACACUUUGACUAUCUACCCAUAGCCUGCUCGGCUGUUACGCAUCCAUUGUUUUGAGAGUCUCCUUGCAACAAGCGCAGCACAUUAUUAGAUGGGGAUGCAUAUGCUGGGUGUCAGGGUUGAAAUGGCGUUUCGAAGAAGUGGGAAUGGAUUGUGGAUCCUGCUGGUAUUCUUACUGGAUUUACUGGGGACGACGGCCAGCAAUAUGGAACCCAUCUACUGGAAUUCCUUGAACGAGAGGUUCAGGGAUGACAAGGGUUAUGUGCUCUACCCUCAGAUUGGGGACCGGCUGGACCUCAUCUGCCCCCCUUUGGACACUGCUAGGUCCACCCCAGAGUACGAGUUCUACAAACUUUACCUCGUGUCGUCACGGGAACAAGCAGACCGCUGUGAGGUGAUGGGACCGCCCAACAUCGUGCUCACCUGUGACGAACCCACGCGAGAGCGUCGCUUCACCAUCAAGUUCCAGGAGUUCUCUCCUAACCUCUGGGGCCACGAGUUCAAGAGCAUGCACGACUACUACAUCAUCGCUACGUCAGAUGGGACACGUCAUGGCCUGGACAGCAUGAGAGGAGGAGUGUGUGCCACGCAAGGCAUGAAGGUGGUCCUGAAAGUAGGACAGAGCCCAUAUGGACUCCCUCCAAAGAAGGAGCCUCCAGCGGGACGCACCACCACCAACAGAAACCCAGGUGGCGCGGGGAACUCCACCCACUCUCAAGGGUCCUUUGAUGGAGGCAGAGAUGAGAAUGGGCCCCUCCAGCCUUCUAACAUCGCACUCAUCGCUGGUGCAGCGGGAGGCUCCGCCUUCCUCCUGCUGGUCACCGCUGUGAUCUGCAUUGUGUGCUACCGGCGGCGGCACGCAAAGCACUCGGAUACCCACCACCCCCCACUUUCGCUCUCCUCCCUCACCAGCCCCAAGCGGGGAGGUGGUGGAGGCAUCACCAGCUCUAACAACAACGGCUCCGAGCCCAGCGACAUCAUUAUCCCUCUGCGGACGUCGGACUCGGCCUACUGCCCGCACUACGAGAAGGUGAGCGGGGACUACGGGCACCCUGUCUACAUCGUCCAGGAGAUGCCGCCUCAAAGCCCGGCCAACAUUUACUACAAAGUAUGAGACAACCGCUGCUCUGGCCGACUGGACACACUCACCUCCCUCCACCUGUUACCAACCAAUCCCCUGCUCCAAAUGAAGCCACAGAAAAGCUUGCCAUCACAGUUCUAACCCCUAAUCGCCUCAAUACUACCAGUAUUGUCCCUUGGACCCCUCACCCCCUCCCACUUUUCGCCCUGUGAGCCUGCAACCCCGGCCACAGUUGUGUUUCUAGCUGAAUAAACCACCCCAACCCAUUUUCACACAACUGGGCCAUUAAGUGUGUACAAGGGGUAAUGUCUUAACCGUACAGCACCCUUCUUAACAAGGCCCUCACGAAUGGGCAAGAGGCUCUGAGUGCCCCUGUCUUGUUAACUCAGAGCUCAAUGAGCCCAGCCCGUGUGUUACUGAAGCACCAUCCCCUUUGCGCCAGCGCAUAUGAGCAACACACACUCUUUUUCUAGUGUGAGUCUGGCGCUGUGACAUGUGAUGUUAAAAAAAAAAAAAGAUUAAAACAGAACUUCAACUGAAAGAGGAAAAAAAGGCUCCACCCCUGACCCCACUCAGCACCGGAGAACUCUGAUUCCCAGAGGCCACACCUGCCUAGCCCACCACCCCACCCCCUCAAGAGCUCUGUCAGCCAACCAGAGACCAGCCCCUGCCGCUAACUCAAUGAUAAAACCCUAGUUUGUUUGUGUUUGUUUCUUCUGAGAAAAAAAAAAAAAACAGGGGCCUUGGACUCACCCAAUCGGAACGCCCAAGCGGCGCGUUUCUAACCAAGCCAAGGCCUGAAGAGGCCUGACCAAUCGGUGACACUCAGAAUCUUGUAUAUUUUAAUAAUAUGUGUGUGAGACUGUGUGAAUGUGCAUACAAGUUGGAUAAUAAUUAUGGCGCUACUGCUCCACAUUAGACGUGUGUGUGCAGUUAGUGUGCUUCAGCAAGUUUGCAUAUGUGUGCUUGGGGUUUAGUGUGUGUGCGUGUGCUUUGUAUGUGAGUGAUUGUGUGUGAGUGUAUGUGUUCUUUAGACUUGUCUUAAAUACCAAAACACAAAAUAGUGAGCAAAUAUCAAAAAAGUGAGAUUUUUUAUGGCUAUCAACACUUAUAGAUUAUAUAUAUGAAUAUCCAGUAAAUAAUUUCUAGAUGUUUCUUUUCUGUUUUCUAUCGUUUUAUCAUUUUUACCCACUCUGUUAAACUACACAUUUUUUAUCUGAUAUUUUUUUUUGGUUUUCACAACUUCGAGUGACCUUAUUCCCUUCCCUUUCCCUUUUGCGUUGUUUAUUAAUUUAAUCUCUUGUUUAAUUUACCCGACAAGCAGAAGUUGUUUCUCUCUCCUCUCUUUCUCAUUCACUCCCUCCUUCUCUUCCUCCUCUCCCCUAGGGUCUACUCUGUGUAUAUUUUUAUAGCUCCUUGUACUAUGCUGUAGUUUUGAGGUCUAGACCUUGUUUGUGGAAGUGUUGAGGUAGAACCAUUGAUGAAAGUUUUUUUUAAUUUUUUUUUUGUUUGUUUUUCUUCUAUUUUUUAAAAAAGUUGCAGAAAUGAAAAGAAGCUGGGGUGGGGGAGAGGUGGUGAUGGUGGGGAAGGGGAGGCAAGAGGGGACGAAAUGAAAAAGAUGAACAAUGGAGAGAAAGCUCUGUCUCAGGAGGAGGAAUAAAGCAGCAUCUGAAUGCAGAACUUUAAAAAAAAAAACCUAGACGGAGAGAGGAAGGGAGAUGAGGAAAAGAAAGGACUGUGAAGCAGUUGCACGCUAACGACAGGAAGCUGAGGGGAGGAUGGGAACGGCAGGAGUGAGAGAUGAAGGAAGGAUGGAGAGCGUGGAUGAAAGAGUGGCUGGCGAAGACAAGAACGGAGAGUCUCCUCAACGGAGGUGAAGGACUGACAGCCAAAACGGAUUUUAGUGGAGCUGAACUCUAACUGUGGAAAGGAGAGACCUCAUCACAAACACACACACUCACAUCCACUGUGAUGUAACUCCUUCACACUUUACGUUACCAUGAGAUGACACAUUUCGGAUUUGUUCCUGUUUUCCGCCAAAAUUUGUGUUGAAACGCAUCUCUGUGUAUCGCACAACACACACAUGCUCUCAUUCAUUAUAGAGAUGCACAACCCCAGACAGCCAGUACACAAUAUUUCUCUCUGUUCAACAUACAGACACACACCUAACGUAAAUUUCACACAUUUUAAUGACUGUCACAAAUGCUUACUGAUUGCAUUGAAUGACACGCAUUCCCUCUCGCUUGUUUUUCCUGCAAACGCAUCCACUCAAUACACACUUUCACCCACACCCGAAACAAAACAUGAUUACUUUCAAAGGAUUGUCUCUGUGAUUAAGACUAACCUGAUGGACAUAGAAGGGAUGAAAAGAGUGACUGGGUGUGUUGUGUUUUCUCCUCUCCUUAACAUGCUCUCACACACUUUCGUACACACACACACACACACACACACUAAAGGCCAGCACCUCGACCUCAGAGAGCAACGGCAUGUCGCUGUGUUCAGAGGUGAAAUAUGUUCACAUGUGCAUACUAAUAAAGCUGUUUUGUGUUGUUCAAACAUGUUUAUGGCUUAUGUGUAAACUGGGUAGCAGCAGAAAGCUUAUCAUUUGUUUAGACACACACACACACAAACACACACACACAUAUACACGCAAAGCCUCCAGUAUUGUUGCCAUGUUUCCUGUGUGAAGCCAGUGUUAAAUCUGAACCUUUCAACAUUUCUCUGCAGUUUUUGUAUCAGUAUCAUAUAAUAUUUUAAGUGUCACAUUCAUCUGAAAUGACUUUGUUCAACACAUGAUGAUGUUCAGAUAUAGUUUUUGUACCAUGGCGGAGGAAUUUGGAUUGUAUUUGAUUGUAUCAAAAUUGAGAGAAAAAAGAAAAAAAAAAAACACUUCAAAUUCUUCUUUUUGUGCAACUACCGACUUGUGUUUUUUUUUUUAUGUAUCCUGUUAAGUCUGUGUCUAUUUAAACAUGCUCAGAGUACCUAAAAAUCCUCCCAAGCCAAAAGAAGUGUCUGUUAUUCUUUUUUUCUGAAAACCUCAGCAACAUUUUGGAGCAGUCAGACCCAAAAUGACUAUUUUUUUGUUCAGAAAUUGUUGCUGUCGCAACGAAAAAAACAAAACUUCUUGAACUUUGGCGAAAAAAAAAAAAAAAAAGUUACUACCCUGUUUUCUGUCCAUUUCACUCCCUCUCCCUCUCAGCAAAAUGUCAAGUAUCUCCUGG